AUGACACCGCUGGCAGGAAUGCCAAUAUCAGGUCGAGCUCACAACACUUUUCCCAGCUGUUUUGUCGCCAAUAUUAUGAGGGCUUCUAGAUUACGCCUUCGUCUCAUGAUACUACUGUCCUCACUGCUCGCUCUGGCAAUAUUUAAAGAUACCUUCAUAUCUGCUCGGUUUCUUGCCAAGUACAUGGAAAAGCGCUAUCAGACCUGGUCUAGAAAUGAAUUCGAAAUUUCAAACCUAAAAAUGAAGUCAGUGACGACCUCUGAAGCAAGUACCAGACGUGUAGUCUCGUAUCUGGACGACUCCAGAUAUUCUCCAACCGCGCUUAGGAAGACGGCUCUGUCUUUCUCCAAUACCUCUAACCUAGUGACGUUUCUAGUGGAGCAGCGCCGCCGGAAGCACCAAGUUGCCACCGUAUGCCAAGAAAACAGAGAGCCGUCUAGCAAUGGUCACCCGCUGUAUCUUGUACAUGACAGUAAAAACUCCUUGACGUACUGCCCUAUCUACAAAGCCGCCAGCACCUCGUGGUCCGUCUUGCUUCUGCAGAUGGCUGGGGUUACGAAGAGUGAGGCAGAAAACUUGCAAGUUCUGCUUGAAAAAGUUUUCCCAAGGGAACCAAAGACAAUUGAGUACAAGCGAACCCGUAAUACAACGAAAUUCGUUGUAGUUCGCCACCCCCUCGAUCGCCUGGCGUCCACCUACCGAGACAAAUACCAGAACGCAAACAAGCCUUGGUAUUACAUCAGUUAUGGGCAGGAAAUGGUGAGGACGUUUAGAGCCUUUCCUAAGCAUCUGACUAAAGCUGAGGUCCUAGGGCUUCAGUACCAGGUCGCCGCGAAGAUCAAGGCGGGGCAGCCCGUGGCCCUCCCCGGCAACCCGUUCGCGGACCCGCUCGGACCCACCUUCAGGGAGUUCGCGCUCUUCGUCGUCGCCUCGAGGCACGCCGACCCGCACUGGAUGGCGUUCCACGACCAGUGCGCAGUCUGCAACUUUGACUAUGAUUUCAUUCUCAAGUUUGAGAACCUCCAUGGCGAGGCAGAGCAGUUCCUGGACUACCUGAACCGCGGCUCGGAGGUCACUCUGCAGAGGAGAAACUCGGGGCGGAGGGCCAGCGGCUCGUCCGCUGAAACUAGCUGUUCCAUCUUCGGACAGAUUUCGGUCAGACUCUUCGGGCAGCUUGUUGCGAAAUACGAAAAGGACUUUAAACUCUUUGAAUACAGUCCGGAUGAAUAUUAUAAAUGUGCUUCGGAUUAUACGAAGUUGUAAUGAG